UCUAAAGAAACCACUCUAUAUCAGUCAGUGUUGCGGCUCAGAGCGAUAAUAUCCAAACUACACGAAAGAUGAGCAGCUCAGACCCUCAAUCCGUACCUCCCUUCAUUGACCGCAAUACUGAAAAGAUGAAAGAAAGAACUCCUUUGAAUCAGGUGGUGACUUUUAAACCCUUCAGCAUGCAGAGAGUCGUCCAGGUGAUGCACAGAAUGGCUCAGAAGAGCUACAUUAGAGCCUGCCGCCUCUUCUGCCUGCCUUUAGAACCGAUGUUGUGUGAAAAAGUCACAUGCUGCUCAGCUCCAAGCCAUCACCCCAAGGAGGAUACAAAUACACAAGUUGCACUCCAGAGCCCUCCGUCCACCAUUUUGAUCGUCAACAUCAGCAACUCCACCUUAAUCGACUGUGUCAUCGGAAACGAGACCUACCCGUCCACUGUGACAGAACGUCAGCCUCUGAUGCAGGAAUCUGAGCUGCAUAUGCACGGUCAUGUGAGGUGCAGCUGUGGCUGUGGACAGCAAGAGGCAGCACAGAGGACUUCCCCUCCUCCUCCACCUCCUCCACCUCCUCCUCUCUGGCCUCUCCCUCCCUCAGCAGAGCAUCUGAAUGUCACCGUCCACAGCUCCCACCUCAACUGCGUCAUCAUUGGAGACAACAACUACAUGCACGCUGAGCAGAGCCAACCGUUCGACUGAAACGGAAAGGACCACAACUAUGAUACUUUGUCCACAUGGAGCUGAUGCACAGACACACACUACACUCUAUCAACCCUGGAGUCUUUGGCAGGAUUACACCUUAAAGUCAGUUAUAGAUCAGAUGUUUUCAGUCCCCAGAACACUCAUUCUACUACAGACCCAGUCUCCGUCUUCUUCACCUAUUUUUAAUUCAUUUUUUACUCAUUAGGACUGCUUGUCAGUUUCUUAUUUGUUUAAUCCUGAAAUCCAAGAUAUUCAAUUUAAUGUCAUAAAAUGUGUCGAACAACAAUUGAAUUAACCACUGCUGAUUAACUCUUUGUUGACAUGAGUUUUUAGUCUGACAGUCUGCCUGACAUCACUGUUUUUGCUCCAGUUGCUCCAUCAUUCCAGUGUUGUAAAAGUUCCAGUACGCACAAACAAACGUCAGCUCCUCAGAACCUUUUCCUAAAAUAAUUCUCUUCCCUCAGAGUGUUUCCUGUUUGGCAAUGCUGGGACUUCUCCUCCUCUGUCAGAUGUGGGGGCUUAAAGUUGGGGAGCAGCAAGAAAUUUUUUACUCUGCUGAGUUUGUAAUGACUCAUCUCUGUGUAACUGAAUUUCAGUGCUGAUAGGGAAGAUAACUUGUGAAAUGUGUUUUUUUUUCAGCUCAGUGUAUACUGUGUGAUUGCAUAGACAAACAGAUGUUGUGUGUCUGUGAUUGAAAUCUCUAUCAUGUCAUGAUAAAGGCGUAAAAUGUAUGGCCUAUGGUCAGUCAACAGUAGAGUACUCAGGAGUGUUCAUUGCUGGAAGUCAUUUUGAUUUUUUUCUUAUUUAUGUUUGAUAUUGUUUAAUCCUUGUCUGACCUGAUGUUACCUGAAGUACAUCUUCUUUAAUACUGUAUUGUACUGUACUGUUGAUUUUUUGACUUUUGUCGUAUGUUAAUAAUUACAAGAAUCUGUUGUAAAACUUUUUAAUAAAGAACAAAGAAGUGAACUUUCA